CGCCUGCGGAACCGGGGACAUGGACAUGAAGAAGAGGAUCCACUUAGAACUGCGGAACAGGACGCCCUCCGACGUUAAGGAACUCGUGCUUGACAACUGUAGGUCAAAUGAAGGCAAAAUCGAAGGUCUUACAGAUGAGUUUGAAGAGCUGGAAUUCUUAAGUACAAUCAACGUCUGCCUCACCUCGGUUGCAAACUUACCAAAGUUAAACAAACUCAAGAAGCUCGAGUUAAGUGACAACAGAAUCUCAGGAGGGCUGGAAGUAUUGGCAGAUAAAUGUCCGAACCUCACGCAUCUAAAUCUAAGCGGCAACAAAAUCAAAGAUCUCAGUACAAUAGAACCGCUGGAAAAGCUAGAAAACCUGAAGAGUUUAGAUCUUUUCAACUGUGAGGUCACUAACUUGAAUGACUACAGAGACAAUGUCUUCAAACUCCUCCCUCAACUCACGUACCUGGACGGCUAUGACCGGGAUGACAAAGAGGCUCCGGAUUCAGAUGCCGAGGGCUACGUGGAAGGCCUCGAGGACGAGGAUGAGGAAGAUGAAGACGAAAAGGAAUAUGAUGAAGAUGCUCAGGCCGUAGAAGACGAAGAGGAGGAGGAGGAAGAAGAAGGAGAAGAAGAAGAGGAUGUAACUGGGGAAGAGGAGGAGGAUGAAGAAAGUUAUAACGAUGGCGAAGUAGACGAUGAAGAGGAAGAAGAGGAAGCUGAAGAAGAAAAGGGGCAGAAGAGGAAACGAGAGGCGGAUGAUGAAGGAGACGAAGAGGAGGAUUAAGCUCAAAAUAGCCUAUAUUGGAAAAACAAUAUUUCCUAUUGUGAUUUGACUGUUUCUACCCUAUAUUCCCCCAUCCUGGACUCCCCCCCCCCCCGGAGUGUAAUGUUGCUGUG